ACAACAUAAUGCACUGUGCACAUACACACACAAAACACAAAAACUCCCAUAACCACUAAGCAUUUGACUCCCCCCCAAUUUCCCUUUCUCUAAACACGGUCUUCUUCUCCUUCGCUCAGGUUUUAGGGUUUUUAUUUUUCUUUCUUUCAUCAUCUUCCUCUCAAAGAAGAAAACAUUCUACCAUCCCAACGCCACCAUGCAUCACCCUGACUACAACCAUCGUCAGCCACCGCCAUUUCGCCGCCACUUCUCGAAGCCAAUCGAUUUUCACCCUAACCACUACCGUCCGCCGGGACCUCCAAAUCCCACCGCCUUCCAGGCUCCCAAUUUCGUUCUCCACCUCCGCCGCGGCCGCCGCCAUCUCCGCCGCGACCUCAUAAACUCGAUCAUCUCCCAGUGCCCUUCCAAACCACAAUCUUUCUCAAUUUUGCCCUAUUCCUCCGACCAUAACUACCACAGCCGUUCCUCGUCCACCGUCGAUGCGGCGAUCCUCAAUUUCCUUCAGUGGGUGGACACGCUCAACGCCGUUGCGUAUCUCUGGGAAACGCGCCUCGACGGCAUGCACGACCUAACUCCGGAGCUGAAGUCCAAUGUGAUGGUCCCUUCCGACGAGGACGAACUCUAUUCUCGGCUACGCGCUGUCUUCGCGCGUCACGUGAAGAGUCUCAUGCAAGAAGCGAAGGAAUUGAAGCGUUGGGAAGGGGAGAGUGAGCGAUUAACGAAGGAGAUCGCGGGCAUGGAGCCACAGAAGAAGAACAAACAUUAUCAAGUUGGGGAAUUUUUUCAGAUGAAUGAGAAUAAGAAAAGGUUUGAGGAAGAGAAAAAUCUUGUGGAACGGAGGGUGAGGGAAUUUCGGUGCGCCAUGGAGUGCCUACUGAAGCUUCUAGAAGAGAAGGGUGGUGUUGAUGAGGAAAGGAAUGAAGGGGUUACUGGUAAUUAUUAUUAUCAUGAUUAUGAUUAUGAUGCUGUGUUUAGGUUUGAUGGAAGGUUGAAUUGGAAGAGGGUUCACAGUAUUAUCAUGAGGGAGCGUCGUAGACUUGAGGAGGGUUUGCCAAUUUACGCUUACCGGAGGGAUAUUCUUCACGACAUUCAUCAUCAGCAGAUAACGGUAUUGGUUGGAGAGACUGGUUCUGGAAAGAGUACUCAGCUGGUACAGUUUCUUGCGGAUUCAGGUGUAGGAGCUGCUGAGUCGAUUAUAUGCACCCAACCCCGAAAAAUCGCUGCCAGAUCAUUAGCUCAAAGAGUACAGGAAGAAAGCAAUGGAUGUUAUGAAGGCAAUGCGAUCAAUAGUUAUUCGACAUUUUCAUCCUUGAAUGAGUUUGAUUCUAAAAUAACAUUCAUGACAGACCACUGUUUAUUGCAGCAUUACAUGGCUGAUAAGAAUUUGUCUGGGGUCUCAUGCAUUAUAGUUGAUGAGGCUCAUGAAAGGAGCUUAAACACUGAUCUGUUGUUGGCAUUGAUCAAGAAUUUACUCUGUAGAAGGGUUGAAAUGCGGCUUAUCAUUAUGUCUGCCACAGCUGAUGCAAAGCAGCUGUCUGAAUACUUCUAUAGUUGUCGAAUUGUUCAUGUGCUCGGAAGAAGCUUUCCCGUGGAUGUGAAAUAUGUUCCUUCUGACUAUGCAGGACAUUCUGAGUCUGGCAUUGCCCCUUACGUUUCUGAUGUUGUCAGAAUGGCAAUCGAGAUUCACAAAACAGAGGAAGAGGGCACUAUUCUUGCAUUUUUGACCUCACAGAUAGAAGUGGAAUGGGCGUGUGACAACUUUGAAGCUCUGUCUGCAGUUGCUUUGCCCUUACAUGGGAAACUUUUGCCCGGUGAGCAAUUUCAUGUUUUCCAGAACUAUCCUGGAAAAAGGAAAGUGAUAUUUGCAACCAAUCUUGCUGAGACAUCUCUCACAAUUCCUGGGGUUAAGUAUGUGAUAGAUUCUGGUUUGAUUAAAGAUAGUCGAUAUGAUCCUGGCAGUGGGAUGAAUGUUCUUAAGGUUUGUUGGAUUAGCCAAAGCUCUGCUAAUCAACGGGCUGGCCGUGCUGGGAGGACUGAACCUGGUCGGUGCUAUAGAUUGUACUCUGAAGCUGAUUAUCAGUGCAUGGAACAAAAUCAAGAACCUGAAAUUAGAAGAGUGCAUCUUGGUGUUGCAGUUUUGAGGAUCCUUGCUUUAGGGGUGAAGAAUGUGCAGGAGUUUGAUUUUGUUGAUGCUCCAAGUCAAAGCUCCAUUGAGAUGGCUAUCCGGAAUCUAAUCCUCUUAGGAGUCAUUCAAAUGAAGAAUAAUGUUAUUGAAUUAACAAAUGAAGGUAGGUACCUCGUAAGAAUGGGGAUUGAACCUAGGCUUGGUAAACUGAUUCUUGGCUGUCUUCAUCAUACACUGGGUAGAGAAGGCAUUGUCCUUGCUGCCUUGAUGGCUAAUGCUAGCAGCAUAUUCUGCAGAGUUGGUAGUGAAAAGGAUAAGCAAAGAUCUGAUUGUCUUAAAAUGCAAUUUUGCCAUUGUGAUGGCGACCUCUUUACCCUUCUUUCUGUGUACAAGGAAUGGGAGGGUUUGCCUCGGGAGAGGAGGAACCAGUGGUGUUGGGAAAAUAGUAUCAAUGCCAAAUCUAUGAGGAGAUGCCAAGACACAAUUUUAGAGCUAGAAUCCUGUCUUGAGCGUGAACUUAACCUUGUUGUUCCCAGUUACUGGCGUUGGACACCCCAAAUGCCCGCCGAAUGUGAUAUGUAUCUGAAAAGGGUUAUACUGUCCUCCCUUCCUGAGAAUGUAGCCAUGUACUCUGGAUGCAAGCAACUUGGUUAUGAAGUGGCACAAACUGGACAACAUGUUCAGCUUCAUCCAUCUUGUUCAUUGCUUGUAUUUGCUCAGAAACCUAGUUGGGUGGUUUUUAGCGAGCUUCUUUCACAUUCUAAUCAAUAUUUGGUCUGUGUAAGUGCUUUUGAUUUUGAAUCAUUGCACAGCCUUGACCCUCCUCCCUUGUUCGAUGUGUGCAAUAUGGAAAAGCGGAAAUUGGAAACCAGGACAUUGUCUGGUUUUUGUUGUACUCUUCUCAAGAAAUUUUGUGGAAAAGGCAACAGUAAUUUGAUUAGUCUUGUGUCACGCAUACGGAAAAUUUGUGAGGAUGAACGAAUUUCCAUUGAAGUUAAUGUUGACCACAAUGACAUUCAGUUAUAUGCCACAUCACAUGAUAUGGAAACAGCCGUUCAAUAUGUAAAUGAGGUUUUAGAAUGUGAGAAAAAGUGGUUACGUACCGAGUGUAUUGAAAAAUGUUUGUAUCAUGGGUCUGGUUUCUCACCUAUAGCUUUGUUUGGCUCCGGUGCAGAAAUUAAGCAUUUAGAACUUGGGAAGCGUUCCCUGAGUGUUGACGUUUGUCACCCAAACACAGAUGCAAUUGAAGACAAACAGCUCCUGAUGUUUUUGGAGAAGAAUACCUCAGCAAGUGUCUGUUCUGUCCACAAGUACACAUGCACUGGGAGGGAUGUUGAGGACAGGGAAAAGUGGGGCAGGAUUACAUUUCUUUCCCCGGAUGCUGCUUUAAGAGCUGCUGAGCUAGAUGGUGAAGAGUUUUGUGGCUCUCCUUUGAAAAUUUCUCACUCACAAACAGCUUCUGGAGAUAAAUCAUUUUUGUUUCCUGCCGUCAAAGCAAAAAUCUUUUGGCCUCGUAGGCUUAGCAAGGGGGUUGCGAUAGUUAAAUGUGACAUAAAGGAUGUUGACAUCAUGUUGAGAGAUUUCUAUAACCUUUCUAUAGGAGGAAGGUAUGUACGGUGUGAACCUGGUAGAAAGGAUGUGGAUAGUGUGGUGGUAAGUGGGUUUGACAAGGAGCUCUCAGAUGCUGAAAUUUUAGAUGUAGUAAGAAAUGCUACAAGUAUAAGGAUUUCAGACUUUUUCUUGAUUAGAGGAGAUGCUGUUGGGAAUCCACCAGUCAGUGCCUGUGAAGAGGCGCUUCUUAAAGAAAUUUCCCCCUUUAUGCCCAAGAAAGAUCCCCAUAUUAACUCUUGUCGGGUUCAAGUCUUCCAACCUGAGCCCAGGGAUGUAUCCAUGAGAGCUUUAAUCACGUUUGAUGGAAGACUACAUUUAGAGGCAGCGAAAGCUUUAGAGCAAAUUGAGGGAAAGGUGUUGCCAGGAUGUCUUUCAUGGCAGAAGAUAAAAUGUCAGCGCGUCUUCCAUAGCUCCUUGAUAGUUCCUCUGCCAGUGUACCGUGUAAUUAGGGAAGAAUUGGAGAAAAUACUUGAAAGCUUCAGUAAAUUGAAGGGUGUUGAAUGUAGACUGGAAAAGACUUCCAAUGGUUCCCAGAGAUUGAAAAUUACAGCAAAUGCCACACAGACAGUAGCAGAAGUUCGGAGACCUUUCGAAGAAUUAUCAAGAGGGAAAAGAAUCGACCAUGCCAGCCUCACCCCUGCAGUUGUGCAACUCUUGCUCUCGAGAGAGGGCUUUAAUCUCAAAAGCUCAUUGCAGCAGGAGACAGGAACUUACAUUCUUAUUGACAGGUACAACCUGAGUGUACGUGUGUUUGGGCCCCCAGACAAGGUUUGCUUGGCUCAGCAGAAACUGAUUCAAUCCCUACUCUCUUUCCAUGAGGCAAAGCAAUUGGAAAUCCAUCUGAGGGGCCGGGAUCUACCUCCUGACUUAAUGAAGCAGGUGGUGAAGCAAUUUGGACCAGAUCUUAGUGGAUUGAAAGUGAAGGUACCUGGGGCAGAUCUUGUACUAAACAUACGCCGCCAGAUAAUCUAUCUUCGUGGCAACAAGGAGUUGAAACAAAAAGUAGAGGAGUUCAUUUUUGAGAUCGUGCGUUCUAGUCAUCGUGCUGUUGAGGGAUUGGGCACCGGACCUAGUUGCCCAAUUUGCUUGUGUGAGGUUGAGGAUGGAUAUCUGCUUGAAGGUUGUUGUCACUUAUUCUGCCGUUCAUGCCUGGUGGAUCAAUGCGAAUCUGCUAUAAGAAACCAAGGUACUUUCCCGAUAUGUUGUGCUCGGGAGGGCUGUGGAGAUCCCAUUCUGGUCACAGAUUUGAAGGCUCUCUUACUGGGUGACAAGUUGGAGGAACUUUUCAGGGCUUCUUUGGGAUCUUUUGUGGCAUCCAGUGGGGGAACAUACAGAUUUUGCCCGUCACCUGACUGCCCCUCCGUUUAUCGAGUUGCUGAUCCUGGGACAGCCGGCGAGCCAUUUGUAUGCGGGGCAUGUUAUUCAGAAACUUGUACAAGGUGCCACUUGGAGUAUCAUCCGUACAUAUCGUGCGAUCAAUAUCGGGAAUUCAAGGAUGACCCCGACUCAUCGCUGAAGGCAUGGUGCAGCGGUAAAGAACAUGUUAAGCGGUGCCCAUCUUGUGGGUAUACAAUUGAGAAGGUAGAUGGUUGCAACCAUAUUGAGUGCAAGUGUGGGAAGCAUGUGUGCUGGGUUUGCUUGGAAUUCUUUGGAAGUAGUGAUAAUUGCUAUGACCAUUUGAGAAAUAUACACAUGGCCAUCAUUUGAGUAAUGCUGUAAUUUAUAUACCGAGAAUGCCUUGUUCUAGUUUGUGCAUAUUGUAAAUUGGCGUAGGAAUGUGUACAGCUUACUUUAACUUCUUUGAAUGUAAAUAAUAGUAUUCAGUUACCAGAGCUAGAUGGUAGAAGCCUCACUUUCCUUGUUCUUCGGCUUCUGUAUAACGUAAUAAUGACGUCAUUUAGCUCUAAAACAGUUCAAUUGGACCGUUAUAUGGCUUUACCUAAGCAAUCUAGAAUUACAGUUGAGUAAAGAUGUAUU